AUGUACAGAAAUAAAAGAGAUGUCGAUAAACACGUGGAAUCUUUAAUAUCCAAAUUGUCACUGAAGGAGUUUAAAACUCGUUCAUAUUCUAUUGCUCGAUUAUAUUUUGAUGUUGGAGAUUUUUCGAGUUGUGUAAAAUACGUCGAGGAGUACCUUACUUCCAAAAAUAAUAAUGCCGCCGCGUACAAACUUCUAGGACAGGCAUUUCAAAAACUAGGACAAAAAGAAAAAGCUCUCGAGCAAUUUAAAACUUCGCUUGAUUUAGACCCCACACAAACAAGCACCAUCUUAGACAUUUGUGAGCUCCUUGCUGAUGACGAAAUUGCUAUAGAUCCUGGACGUGCCAGAUAUUGCUAUACAGUUCCACAAAAUUAUCCAGAACAAACUAAGACUGACAACAUUAAGCCUGAGUGUCAAACUGUAGAUGAAGCAAAUCUACCAAACAGUCCUUUGGGGGAAACAUUCAAAGAAAAGAUGGAAAGCAUUAUUAGUGGAGAAGAUAAUGAAGAAUUAAUUUUUGGACAGAUGGCUAAAUUAUACAAGUACAUUUCCGGUAAAUGGGAGAAACAAGCAGUCGGAAUAGUAAAGGUUUUAAAACAAAAAGAAAAUGAGAGAUAUAGAAUUUUAAUGCGGCAAGAAAAAGAUUUUAGUGUCUGCCUUAAUUAUCCUGUCACAUCAGAAAUGAAAUGUAAGCCUAAAGAUGGAAAUACUUGGCAUUUAACUGUAAACGAUUAUAGUGAAGGGGAAUCAUGUGUAGAAAAUUUCUGUCUUAAGUUCCCAAACACGGAACAAGCAAUAAAGUUCAAGAGUAACCUUGACAAAGUCUCUAAUUUGCCUACAGAAAGCUUGAAUGAUAAGAGAGAAGAUGAUACAGAUGAUGUUGUUUUUGUGGCUGAAAUAUUAGCUUCUAAUGAAGAACAACAAAAAGCUAUAGAACUGAAAUUACCUGAAAACUUUUACACUUAUAGAAAUAAACCACCAUGCCAGGGAUGUAGAGGUUGCAAAGAUGAUGAGGAUAAUAUUAGUGAAGCUCACAUAAAUGCAACACUUUUAGCAAACUCUGAAUCUACUGUAAAACCACCAGAAACUAACAUUUCUACUCCAUUGAAAACAUCCAUUAAGAGUGUACAAAGUCCUUCUAGCUCUAUGUAUGGUACUCCUGGUAAUUUUAAUGAAACUGCUGAUUGUUCUUAUUUCUGCACUCCCUUAGGAUCUCAAGGUUAUAAUUCUAAGUCCCCUUUUUUGUCAAAUAAUAAGAAUGAUAGCAACAGCGCCGACAAGGAGAACACUUUAACAGAGAAGUCGAACAUGUUUACGGACUUUUCGGGACAGAAAUUAAAAUUUGGUACAACAAGCAGUCAGUCAAGCAUUUUCUCACCUCAGCCAUCAACAAUAAUAAAAAAACCUAUUUUAGCUGCUCCAAAACUGGAUUCAUUAAACACAAACAUAUCUGGCGAAACUAAAAGUAACGAGAAUAAAACAAUGUUUACAGUUCCUGGAGUUUCUAGUAAUAAAUCAAUAUUUGAUUUUUCAAGCAAUAAAAAAAGUGAUAUUCCACAAGUUUCCGACAUCAAAUCUGUAUUUGGAGACAAUCAAAAUCCAGUAAAUUUAUUUAGCGGCGCUAGUCAAGGGAGUAUAUUUGGUCCAUCUGCUUUAAAAGGUGAUUCAACAAACCUAACUGGACUGAGCUCUGGAAGUAAAGAAAAAAGUUUUGAGUCCAAAAGCACUAUACUUGGAAAAGGCUCAUAUGAAAUAGUUUCAGAGAGUUCAAAGCUUUUUGGUAAGAAUCCAUCCGAGUCUGUUGUGUUACCCGGUUCAAAGGAUGACGCGUCGAGAAUAAGUGAAAAAGAAAAAGUCGACAUACCUUUGAAAGUAGACAAUGCUUUAUCAUUUGCAGCAUUAUCCACAAGUGGACCUGGAUUUAACAAGAAAGCAGAUUUCAAAUGGGAAGGAGCAGGACAGCAGUUAUUUACGGCAAAAUCAAAUAAACCAAUGGAUGAAAAAUUAAAAGAUGUUUCUGCUAGUGAAGAAGCUGAGACUGGCGGUGGUGCUGAAGAAGAAUAUGAUCCUCAUUUUGAACCCAUUGUUCCAUUGCCAGAAAAAAUUGUUGUAACUACUGGAGAAGAAGACGAGGAGAAACUAUUUGGCGAACGUUGCAAGCUGUUUAGAUAUGUUGAGAAAACACGGGAAUGGAAAGAGCGUGGCGUUGGUGAAAUUAAAAUUUUAUAUCAUCCUAUAAGGAUGACAUACCGGCUUCUACUUCGGAGAGAAUUGGUACACAAAGCAGUUCUCAACAUGUUGUUGUUUAUUGAUUUGGAAUUAUUACCUAUGAAGAAUUCAGACCGUGCAUGGACAUGGGCUGGUAUUAAUUACGCUGAGAAUACAGCUGGUGAGCAGGAGACUCUUGCAGUGCGUUUCAAGACUGCAGUUCUUGCUGCUUCUUUCCAUGAUAAAGUUGUUGAAUGUGUUCGGAAAUUGCAAGUUGCAGCUGCUGAAGUCAUACGAAACGAAAAAAAAAUGAGUGAAAUCAAAUUUGAAAGUGUUGCUCCACUUAGGUUACCAAAACAUUUAGAAGAUAGUGCAAGAGCCGAUGAGGCAAUAUCGGCGAAGGUUGCAGAGCAGCAAAUAGUCACAGGGAUUACUGAUGAGAAAGAAAAAACUGUUGAUUUUGAACCUAAAGAUACAAAUGAUACAGAAACAAAACAGGUUCACUUUGAAGAAACGGAAGAAGUUGACACAAGAGAAAAUGAUGAAGAUGAAAACCAAUAUGACUUGGAUUACCAUUAUAAUGAAGAGGAGGAGGAAGAAUCGGGAGUUUAUUUCUCCUGUGAAGGAGAAGCUGUGGUUGCAGUAGGCAUUGAAAAGGCAACUUGUCCUCAAGCGCAUAUACAGGUUGUCUUUGAUCAGGACAUCUAUUCACCAAAGAUCACAGUGACUGAUUCAAACACUGGAGAGGUUCUAGCAGAUAUGCUGAUUUACACAGAUACGGAGUUUCAUAUAAAUGGCGAUUCCUGUUCAUGGUCAGGUCAAGACUAUGAUGCUUCCAACAAAGCAGUAACCAUCAAUUUCUCUGAUAGUGAAACUGCUAUGUACUUCUAUGACAGUUGCGAGACCAGUAAAAGUGCGACAUACGCCUCCACAGAUCCAGAAUCA